UCUUCUUAUAAUUAUAGUGUAUAGAACGAAGAUAUAUGUAUUUGCAUGUGUAUAUACAAUUUUCUACCGUUACAUAUAAAUAGAAACACAAUUUAUACAUUUCUGAUUGUAUAAAGUGAGAGAGACAAGCGAUAGAGGGAGCAAAUGGGAGAGUGACGAGCGAGAGUUUGAGGGAGAAAAACGACUGAUAAACAGUUUACUACAUGACACAAUUAAAUCAAAAUGUGACUAUAACAUUUAAUUUAAAUUAUUAAUUUGUUAUUAUAUAUAAUUUUUCCUAUCAAUAUAGACAGAUUGAAUUACUAUCCAUUUUAUCUUUGACCAAUUUUCAAUCUGUUCAAAUUUAAUGCGACCAGCACAUUUGCCUUCCGUAUUCAAGAUAAAGGCGACAUAAAUUAGUCUUUGUAAGUUGUGCCGAUUCGUCCCUGACCUUGUACAUAAAAGGACAAUUCUUGACAUUAAUAAUUUAUUAGUACAAAACUAUCUCAUACAUGAUCCAUCCAUCACUGGUCAGUAAAACAAGGGCAAUUUUAUUUUUUGUAUUUUUCAGAAUUGUUCUCCUACCUUUUGUGUGGAAUGCACUUUUAUUAAAUCUUUUCCCUUUUAUUCGUAGCGGAGAACCUGUUGCACGUCUAUGACAAAGCUUCAUAAAUAUAUAUACCUAGCUGAAAACAAAGUUAGCUACAUAUGUAACUCAUGUAAGGUGCCUUUAUAGGAAAAACUUCUCGCACAUAGUAUGAUAUCAAGCUAAGAAUCUAUCUCUUUAGAUUAUUUUAGCUCAAUAGCUCACACAAAAAUUAAUGAUUUAGCGAGAUGAGUAUGAAGAUGGUGUGUGAUUGUGUAGAACCUUUUUCAGUGUCUUUUGCUACCCUUAUCUCUUUUUUUUCCCUAGUUUCUCAUUAGUUGUUUAGUACAGAACCCGACUAAAUUUGAAUCGUGUUUGAAAAGUUCCAACCCAACAAAUCCUUCCUAGUUCAAGAUGGAAUUUAAAUACUCAGGCUUGAAAGUUUAAAAGUUCACUAGGUACAGCUUGAUUUUGCUUGCAAAUCGAUGUGUAAAUUUUGCAUGAUAACAAAAGUAUCGCAACCCCCGAGAAUCAGAUAUUUACCAAUAUAAAAUAUAGCCCACUUUUCAAUACCAAGUUGCACCAUGAUCAAUCAAUCCAACUAUAUAUAUUAUUAAAAAAAAUGACAAUUUGCUUAUGAAACUUAAUUCCUAUAUAAAUGCAUGUCUCUCAUAUAAGCCUAGCUAACCAUCUGCUUGCCAUGGCAUUCACACAUUCUAUUCUUGUAUUCUUCAUAAUUCAGUCCUUUUUCACUGCCUCUUAUGCAUUUGGUCUCUCUUCUGAUGGAAUUUGCAGCAUCACCCCUUUUCCUAAUUUUUGCAAAACUUUACUCCCUCCAAACAAUUCUAUUGACAUCUAUGACUCAGGAAGGCUCUCCAUUCAGCUUUCCUUUUCAACAACUAAUCAGAUUAUUAACUCAAUUAUUGAUUUCCUUGAUCUAAAUUAUCUAUUACUCCCUAAAAGCACAGUGUCUGCUCUCCAUGAUUGUCAGUAUCUACUUCGCUUAAACGCUGAUUUAUUAUUAAAUGCUGCUGAUGUUGCAAAGAAAACGAAUAACUCACUUGAGAAUUCAGAAGCUAAUGAUGGUGAAACAUGGCUUAGUGCAACUAUUACUAAUACACAAACUUGUUUGGAAGGUCUUCUAGAUGCGCCUUCUGUUUUACCAGUUGCUAACCUGAUUACACCUUUAAUUUCUAAAGGUAGUAUGAUGUGUAGUGUGUCACUUGCACUUUUUAAGAAAGGGUGGAAUUCAGGUUCUGGUGUAGGAGAUUAUAUAAGUGUGAGUAUGCUGAAAAUUAGACAAAAAGUGGUGGUGAAUCCAGAUGGAAGUGGGAAUUAUAUUAGUAUCAACGACGCGAUCGCAGCUGCGCCAAUUAAUAGCAUAGAAGAGGAAGGCUAUUACCAGAUAUAUGUGGUCGCUGGUGUCUACCAUGAGUAUGUUUCCAUUACUGCAAACAAGAAGUAUUUGAUGAUGGUUGGAGAUGGCAUUGACAAAACUAUAAUCACUGGGAAUCGAAAUGUACCUGAUGGAUGGACAACUUUUAAUUCUGCCACAUUUGCUGUAGAUGGGCAAGGAUUUGUAGCAAUGAACAUUACAUUUAAGAACACAGCAGGAGCAGCAAAGCUCCAAGCUGUAGCCGUUCGGAAUAGCGCUGAUCUAUCUGCGUUCUACUACUGCAGCUUUGAAGGCUACCAAGACACACUUUACACACAUUCUCAGAGACAAUUCUACAAGUACUGUAAUAUCUACGGGACUAUAGAUUUCAUUUUUGGGAAUUCAGCUGUUGUUUUCCAAAACUGUAACAUAUAUCCGCGUCUUCCAUUGCCCGGUCAGUUUAAUGCAAUUACAGCACAGGGCAGAACAGAUAUUAACCAGAACACAGGCAUAUCCAUCCACAAAUGUACCAUUACUCCGUCUAUUGAGUUGGCCUCCUAUAGUGGCACUAAACCAGUACGGACAUAUUUAGGAAGACCAUGGAAGGAGUAUUCGAGAACUGUUUAUACGCGAUCAUUUUUGGAUAGUUUUAUUCAUCCUGAUGGUUGGUCGAUUUGGACAAAUGAUUUCGCGCUGAGUACGUUGUAUUAUGCUGAAUUUAAGAACGAUGGUCCUGGAUCAGACACCAGUAAAAGGGUCAGAUGGCAUGGUUAUCGCGGUGAAAUUAGUUAUAUGGAUGCAUCUUCUUUCACUGUCUCUAAUUUCAUAUUCGGGAAUUAUUGGCUGCCUUGGACUGGAGUCCCUUACACUGGUGGUUUAUAUUUAUAACAAGCAAGAAUUUUUUUAUUUCUUUAUUUGGUUGUGUUCUUCAGCUAUUUUCCAAGUGAUCACUCUUAUCUAAUUCAUUAUGUAUUUGUUUUUUCACCUCAAAUAUUAUAUGUGAUGCAUUCAUUUCUUGGUUUAUUUAGGCUGUAAACGCGUAAAUAAAGGUGUUCAUAUGA